AUGAAGCACAAUGCUACAACGGCGUUGUCGAAUGCCUUUCGGGGCCUCCGAAUAACCUCUUCCAUCGCCCCAGUAGCGCUGAAUUCCGGUCGCGCUUCGAGCUUCGGUACUCCCAACCAUGUCCGUUUCCUCUCCACGUCGCCGGCCUUGAUGGGGAACUGGCUGGAGCCCUCGAUCGACCGCACGAAGAAGAUGAUGAAGGGACGCCCUAGGGUAGCCACUGGCGGGUCGACCAAGGGAACGACGGUGAUGUGGGGCGACUAUGGUCUGCGCAUGAACGACCACCACAGGAGAAUCAGCGCAAAACACCUAAAGAUGGCGGAAGACACGAUAAAGACGAGGCUCAGGGGAGAAAAGUAUCGUCUAUACAAGCGCGUAUGCUGUAACGUUGGUGUAUACACGAGCGGAAACGAGACUCGUAUGGGUAAGGGUAAGGGAUCCUUCGACUACUGGGCUGCUAGGAUUGCCGUCAACCAGAUUCUCUUCGAGAUCAAGGGACUUGCCCACGAGAAGGUCAUUUUAGAUGCCCUGCGUUUAGCUGGAAACAAGUUGCCCGGCCACUACGAGUGUGUAAGGAAGGGAGAGGCUCCUGUCGUGGGAACGACAAAGCUUGAUGGAGUCACUCUUGAUGAUCUCAAGCGACCGCGCAGAAAGGAUAUCCCGCCGGCCCUUCUUGCGGCAGCUCAAAAGAGCUCUGCACCCUCGUCACACCCACCGAACCCUCCGCUGAACAACCUUCUUCUUCCAACUAAGUCAUCCAAGGGCAUAGAUCACGAGGUAGAGCUCUUGGCCUCAAGUUGUACCAAUAUAACUGUUAGGACUUAA